UUCAGAUUUCGUUCGGAACACAGAAACGUGACGAAACGUGACAAAACAUCUUGAGCCAUGGAAGCGAAGCAGAAACAUUCGAAAAUUUUGUACAAUAGAAAGUUCUCAAGUCCUAUGAAGAGAAAACGAAAAAAUGCAUAUGAUCCUGAAGAGGAAGCUAGAUUGGAAAGUAAAGUUUUUGGCGGUCCCAAUUUUUUCAUAAACGAUUUGCUGAAUAAGAAACCCGCGACGAAAGCAAAGCAUGAUGAAUCUAGUGAUGAACUUACUGAUCAUGGAAAACUGAUGAAUAAUAAGAAAAUCAACACAAACUGCGAUGACGAUUCUUCUGUGGUAAAGGAUACCGAAGAUGCGAGUCAAGAAGAAAAGCAAGCAGCUUGGAGGGACGAUGAUGAUUAUAAUUAUACAGUAAAUACAGCCCUAGAUGCACAGAAUCGCAGGUUAGCAUGCGAGCAGCCAGAGAAGUCAUAUUCAACAUACUUGAAGAAUCACUACAAAAUAUUUGUCGGUACUCCAAAAUGGGCUGAACUAAAGACAACUGAUGAAACCAAUGACGAUUCAGAUGUCACGAAGCAUUGUCGAUUUUUGGCUGAAAAAUCGAAACCUCAACGCUUACCCAAGGAUAUGAUCGACAUCAAAGCGCUCAAAUCUCUGAAUAAUAGCACUCGUGUAGAAGGUCAUGUUAUCACGAGCGUGGAAUUCCAUCCAACGAUACAAUUUGGUCUGAUCGCUAGUACAAAAGGCAUGUUUGCGAUAUAUCAGGUCGAUGGGCAUACAAACCCUAACAAGUUCCACGUAUGGUGGAAGUAUGAUGUUAGUUUCCCGAUCAGCAAGGCAACCUUCUUGAAAAACGGAACAGAGGUUUUGUGUGGUUCCAAAUAUCAUGAUUAUGGUUUUACUUACCAUUUACCGACCGACCAGGCGGACUGCUUUCCUUUGCCACAUGGAAUUACGAAUAUGGAGUUAUUCGAAGUAUCUCCUAACGGUGACUUCAUAGCGUUAUGCGGAAGAAGGGGUGAAAUUUUCUUACUGCACAGCCAAACGAAAGAGCUGAUCUGGAGAUUCAACAUGAAUUCGAAAUGUCGAGCACUGGUAUUCACACCGGAUAAUAAAAAUCUCAUCACAUACGGUGACGGCGGCGAAAUGUACAUAUGGGAUCUCGGUGGUCGUAGAUGCAUCCAUCGUGCCAUUGACGACGGAUGUUUAUCCGGCACCGCACUCGCCAUAUCCUCGAACGGCCAGUAUUUAGCAGCAGGUAGCGCGCAGGGUGUUGUGAAUCUCUAUGAGACGAAAACGGUGUUGCACAAGCAAAACCCUACACCCGUGAAAUCUAUGAUGAACCUUGUUACCUGCAUUACAAGCUUGAGAUUUAACCCCACCUGCGAGAUAUUGGCUGCGGCAUCGGACAAGAAGUACAACGCCUUCAAGAUGAUGCAUCUACCCUCGUUAAGUGUAUUCGCGAAUUUCCCAGGAUUUCAGACGAAUAUAGGUAUGCCGCAGGCGAUGGAUUUUUCCCCCGGAAGCGGCUACCUCUCAAUUUCGAACAAGACCGGUACUGCGUUGUUGUUCAGAUUACGGCAUUACGCUGGUUAUUGAUCGUGCAAGAAUGUGUAAACGUCCAAGAAAAUAUAAAUUGUGUAACCUUCA